AUGGUCAAGAAGACGGGCCCCUCCAGAAAGGCUGCCCCUUCAAAGCAGAGCAACAAGAAGUCGGCCGCCCCGGCGCAGAAUCAAGAAGCUUCUUCACCACCACCUCUGCAGAGCCAAGCCGAGCAGCAGCGCCUGCUCGACGUCUUCUCCAAUGCCUUCAACUCGACCCUCACGUCAGAUGACUUUGCAGGUUUGCUGCAGGAGGUGAAGCAGGCUCUGUUCAAUCGCAACUUUGCUACUGCUUUUGGGAGGGAGGACUAUCUCGAGGCAUAUGCGGCGAGAUGGAGUCCUACACGGACACUAUGCUAUACCACUGUUUUCCUCGGCAUCAAGGGACAUCUGGAUGGGAUUCUAGCUUCUGAAGAGGGGAGUUCCAGUGGAAAGAAUCUGGAAUCAAGUACCCAAGCGGGUUUGACAAAGGAUUCCGAUGCUCUGGAACAAGAUACAGAACCUGGUGAGGCAUCUGCUGAAACAGGACCAGAUGCUCCCAAACCCGAAAGGUCUCAACCACGAAGCACUCUGCGAACGCUUUCAAUUGGAGGAUGUGCAGCUGAGCACCUCGCCUUUGCAUCCUACCUCCAAUCCACCUCGACCAACGGUCAUCUGACGCUCCUUGACUCGGCUCCCUGGGCCAGCGUCAUCUCUUCUCUCGAGUCGAGCACCAACUCCCCGCCCCCCAUCUCAAAGUAUGCGUCGGCGGCCGCGCGCGCAGCGAACCGCGCGCUUCUGGAGCCGGGUCAGCUCUCUGUCGAGGUGGUACAGCAGGAUGUCUUGGCUCUCGAUGUCGAGUCGCUGACGGCUCGAUGCGCGGGUGGCAAGGUACCCAUCGUGGUGACGCUGCUGUUUACCCUCAAUGAGCUGUACACCAGCGGAGGCAUCGGGAAGACGACCAAGUUCCUCAAGAACCUCGGACAAGCCCUCGCGUCGGGGAGCUUGGUUCUCGUGGUGGACAGUCCUGGAAGCUACUCAGAAGCUGCCCUGGGCAAAGAGAAGAAGCGGUAUCCCAUGCAAUGGCUGCUCGACCACACUCUCCUCGAGACCGAGACACCGGGCUACUCUUGGGAAAAGCUGCAGUCUGACGAUUCCAUCUGGUUUCGACUCCCAGAAGGCUUGUCAUAUCCAAUACCCCUCGAGAAUAUGCGGUACCAGAUACACCUGUACCGUCUGGAAAAGUCGUCUUGA